GCUAAAAAGUUCUGUUUACCAAGAAAAUGUUGUCAGUUGUGUUAUAGAUGAAGCACAUUGUGUAAGCAUGUGGGGUGAGGAUUUCCGAAAAAUUUUUAGCGAGUUGUCUACGUUAAAGGCACUUUUCCCAGAUGCUGUUACAUUGGCUCUAACCGCUACUGCUACACCAGACACUGUAGAAUAUUUGAUUAAAUCGCUCGCCCUUAUUACGUAUAAAGUCAUUGCUGUAUCGCCAAAUCGAAAAAAUGUGUAUUUAAACAUACAAAGACGCCCAAACUCUAACUUGGGUUUGAAAGGAUUUGAAGUUAUUCUCAAACCGUUGGCUAAAAAAUUAAACGUGCAAAGAGAACACUAUCCCAUGACAAUAAUUUACAUGCAUUUAAGAUAUUGUGGGUAUGGGUACAAAUUAUUUGAAAAUGUUAUAAGAAAUCAUUAUGUUGGUGACAAUAUUUGUCCUAGAGCAAGAUUGUUUGCACAGUUUCAUGCUUCUUGUACUACACAAAUGAAAGAGGAUAUAUUGAAGGAGUUAAAGAAGUCAGAUUCACAAAUUAGAGUAGUAUUUGCUACAACUGCUCUAGGUAUGGGUGUUGAUGCUCCAAAUAUAUCUAAUAUUAUUCACAUAAGUCCUCCAUCAACAUUAGAGUCAUUUGUGCAAGAAAUUGGAAGAGGAGGAAGAAAUGGUGUAGCUUGUGAUUCACUUUUAUAUUUCAGCAAUUCUGAUUUGGCAUCUAAGUAUAUAAGUGAGUCAAUGAAAAAAAAGAUGCUUAAAGUAGAAUUGUUAAAAACGGUUGAAGAUAUCAAUUCUGAUGAAAACGUGAUGUUUCCUUUCCACAGUAAAAUUAACACUAACAUUGUAAAUGAAAUCCUGAGAGAAUUAGCAUUUAUUUCUUGUGAAUCAGACUUACUUUCUAUGUUUGGUAUUUGGAAUGGAAGGUGUUCUAACAAAUUAUAUGCUUUAAUAGACAAAUAUGCACCUAAAAUAGGUUAGUAAAAAACAUAAUAUAUAUAUACCAUGGUAUGACAAAGUUGGUGAAAUCUGCAAUUUCAUCCACAAAAAAAAUUCAAUUAGCCAAAAUGCCAAAUUUUGUCAGCUUAUGGGUAUAUAUACAUAUAUGUUAAACAAAGG